AUGGGUCAGAGGCUAUUGAGACGCAACCCUGCACCCGUUCAGCCAGGGGGGCUGUCCGCACCCCUGCUGUGUGUCCUUUGCAUAAUUGAGCACGCAGCGAAUAUUGUUAUGCCUGACAUCUGCAACUCUAGAAGUAUCACGUCUCACGUGAAACCACGUGUGUUGCAUAAUUAUUACCUGAAGUUCGUCCUAGCCUCAUCUUCUGAAACUAACCCUCGAGUGUCAUUAGCGCGUCUUAAGUGGCGCCGGCCGGCGGCAGUACCGGAGGGUAUGACGUUUUCCGGUCCACUGCCGGAUGUGGCCGAGAGAUGUGGGCGUUGGGCGCCAGACUCACUAUCAGCAUCGGCAUCCGGCAGUUCCGAUGAGAAACCGACACCGCGGAGACCUCGUUGGCGCAUCGCACUCGCGGCGCUGGUCGUGCUGGCCGCGCUCGGCGCCGCUCUCGCAUUACCUCUUGCGCUUGGCGGUGGUGGUCGAGCCACUCCCGAGCAACGACUCACUACCAUACGGCGAAUGCUACGCGAUUCUCCUCUCGUCGACGGACAUAACGAUUUAGCGUGGAACGUUAGAAAAUUUUUGCAUAACAAAAUCAGCGAUUUUAAUUUGAGUGCUGGAUUAGAAGGUCUCGAGCCCUGGGCAAGAUCGCGCUGGUCGCAUACAGAUAUACCUCGUUUAAGGCUUGGACAAGUCGGUGCUCAAUUUUGGUCAGCCUACGUGCCAUGUGGCGCUCGUGAUAGAGAUGCCGUGCAGCUAGCACUUGAGCAAAUGGAUGUUAUAAAACGUAUUGUGGAGAUGAAUGCUGCCCAUAUGGCACUUGUCACCGACGCUACUGAAUUGUUAGAGGCACAUCGCGAUGGGCGUAUCGCCUCCCUGAUCGGUGUCGAGGGCGGACAUGCCCUCGGUGACUCGCUAGCUGUGCUACGAGCCUUUUAUCAGCUAGGAGCUCGGUAUCUUACUGUUACACACACUUGCGAUAAUAGAUGGGCUCGGGCGGCUGGCACCUCCGGUGGAUUAACAAACUUCGGCAAAGCUGUCGUCCGUGAAAUGAAUAGGCUUGGUAUGAUAGUAGAUUUAUCGCACGCAGGAGAAGAAACAGCUCGUGACGCUUUAGAAACCUCUCAGGCGCCAGUUGUAUUUUCACAUUCUGGGGCAGCCGCUCUAUGUAAUUCCACACGAAACGUACCAGAUGAAUUGCUACGAAUGAUCGCAACGAACGGAGGCGUAGUAAUGAUUAAUUUUUAUGCAAAGUUAGUGACGUGUGGUGAAAGAGCAACAGUGGAAGACGUGGUGGCUCACAUCAACCACGUACGGCGCGUGGCGGGAGUAGAACACGUAGGACUAGGUGCGGGUUACGACGGGAUCGAUGCACCCCCUGAGGGGCUGGAGGAUGUGUCACGUUAUCCCCACCUGCUGGCAGAGUUACUGCGUGAUCCCGAUUGGAGCGAGGAUGACGUAAGGAAGCUGGCUGGCAUGAACGUGGUACGUGUGUUACGGCACGUGGAGCGCGUGCGCGACCAGUGGCGUCGUGCCGCUGUGCUUCCCGGCGAAGAGUCUCCGGGUGCCCGCGCUGGCGUCUGCGUUUACGGGCCCGCGUGA